CUCUGAUGCUCUCCCUGGCGUAAGGCGUGGAGGCUGGGUUCUAUUCGCGAUAACGAGGUUAAUACAUGAAAAUGAACGUCACUAUGGCAACAGAAUCAAACGCUAGUUAGCAGAAAAAGAUGGCGGUUGGGGAUGGAGGAGUCGACGAAGUUGUUGAACAGCUGAUAAAUACCGCUUCUGCCUUAGGGAGUACCACUAUUGACCUCAGCAAGAAAAGAUUGACACAAUUUCCUGCAGAAGUACUUAAUCUACAUCAAUUGGAGUUUUUGUAUUUAGAGGGAAAUGCAAUAAGCUCCUUGCCAGAAGAGUUGUUUGAUUGCUUACCAAACUUGAGAUGGCUCGACUUGAGGAACAACCGAAUAACGGACAUUCCUCCCAUCAUUGGAAAACACAGAAAUUUGAGAAAUUUAUUAUUGGAAGGAAACACCAUAGAAUCACUUCCAUUAGAGCUAGGCUUAGUAAAGAGUUUAUCAGGACUCAAUAUUUCCAGCAAUCCACUUGAAUUUCCUCCUUCAUUUAUUGUGGAAAAAGGCACUCAGGAAGUACUCAAGUUUCUUAGAGAACAGUACUUGUUACAACUGCAAGAAAGAGGAGCUGUCCUGGUGGAAGAGCACCCAGAAUCUUCAUCUAGUGAAGAAUUAAUGUUUGCUUCAACGCAAGACAAUGAAAUCACAGGGGAAAGAGAGCGCGUGGAUCAAGUUGAAAACGAAAGAAACAUUAAAGCGGAUAGAGCUUUCAAGCUUCCGCCAAUAAUCCAAGCGGCAGCAGCGAGACCGAAAAAUCGCUCAGUUGACGAGUCGGAAGGUAACUUGCUUAGAGGACAAAAAGCUCGGAAAUUUGAACAGGAAAAGUCAACGCGAAUUUUUGAACAGAAGUCGCCAGUGAGGACGAUGAAGCACGAAGCAACAUCACCGAGGAAAGUUGUUUCGUUUUAUGGUUCUGGGAUGAAGGACGGGAAAGUUCAGCUGGAACCCUUGGAGGGAAAACGGCGGAAGGGUGAACAAUCAGAUAAACACUUGGAAACUUCGAACAGGAGUUUAGAAUUAGACAAAAAUUUGUACAUUGUGGAUAGCCAUCAUAAUGGAAGAAGAGAUAAAAGCGAGAAAUUGAAGAGAAGAAGACGGCCGAAGCCUGAAAACCCUCAGAAAAGUUUGCCUGUAGUAGGAAGCUUUGAAAGUCACAGCGAUGUAGUUGUGUCGACUUCGGGUCCAGACUUAAGCAAGGUCAAGGAAACUGCCUCUGUGGAACUCCAGAAAGAAAUACCAAUUGUGGACGAAAAAACUCAUAAUGAAACUAAAAAAACUAAAAAUCUCGAAUAUUCAGGUGCUCACGGAUUCGACAGCAAAGGGUCAAAGCCAUUGUCUGUGUUCGAAGGUGACAUGGUGGCUGUUAGGGUGCCUGAGAAGCUGUACAUCAAAGGACAGCCUUGUCUGGGUAAAGUAACAUCAUCAGUAGACCAUCAGGGAUUAUUCACUAUACACUAUUUUACGGGUAGUUAUGGAGGCCGAUGGAGACCCAUGAUGAGUCGAACCAGCCCAUAUCUGAGAAAGGUGACCGCCGAUAACAUUCUGUGCAAGUUUAAGCUGACAACUGAUGGCCGUAUGUCGCCUAUCACCCAGAAAAAGUUAAGAACCGUUGUUGACGAUCAAAGAAAUGAAAACAAUGACCCAAAAUGAGGCAGAGUUCUGGGAAUGAGCUACCAAUGAACCGAAAAGUUUCUAAGAAAGGAAAACAGUGCAGUUGCACUAAGAACAACUUCCGCUUUUAGGAGGAGCAAAUCAACGUCUCUAGUCCCUUCAGCUACGAGAAUUGGAAAUUUUAUUUUAGCUUUUAUACUGACUUAUCUAGCAGUAACCUUACGACUAGCAAUCAUUUCAAAUUUCCGCCACGCUUUUGGAUACUUAAAUAACCCUUUAAGUACGAUUUGUGCCCCAAAGAAAAGGGUUUUUUUUUGUUUUGUCGACAACAGGUCGUAAAAUUCAAUAACGACCAGAGGAAAACAAAAUAUCAAAUUUAAAAAGAAAGAUAUUUUCACGUCCUCAAAUUACUUAGGGUUUUUUUGGUUUGACCAUGAGUCACUCUCAAAUUUUACCUUUUUUAUAGUUCACGGUAUCCGUGGACCAUAUGAAAAUGAUCUGAAACAUUUUGUAAAUAUGACAAAAGUUGAUAAUUAAGAAGUAGCUAUAUGUUUCUAAUAAUUGUUUUAGUAACCAUGCAUGACGCCUACAGCUCUUCAUACCUUAAAUUGGCAAUACAUAUAUAUUUUGAUAAUUAUAAACUCGAAGUAGACCUUUAUAUUGAAAAAAUUUAAUCAUUAGUCUUUAAGAAAAUCGUGUAAAUUAAUCUGUCAUGGGCAGAUGUAUAUGUAGUAGUAUUUUAAUAAAGGAUUAUGCUAACGUAAGUUAACUGGAUAAUUAUAUUAAAAUUACCUUGAUUGGCA